AUUUCAAAUGUACAGAUUUUGGAAAUGAAAUAUUUAUGGAUUUCUGAAAGGAUAAUAAUUAAUGUUUUCCCUAUACGUCACUACUCAUCAAAACCAUCAUGGAAUGUUCUAUUUUUUGGAACAGAUCAAUUCUCUUUAUAUACUCUAAAAUUACUCAAUAGAUACCAUUCAAAGUCUGAAUUAAUUAAUAAACUAGAUGUACUAACUAGCAUGAAAAAAAAUGCCAAUGUUGUUCAUAAAUAUGCAGAAAAAUAUAAUCUUCCUGUCUAUGACUGGCCACAUAUUCCUGGGGAUAGGAGUUAUGAUGUAGGAUUGGUAGUUUCUUUUGGUUAUUUAAUACCAGAAGCUAUUAUUGCAAAGUUUCCAUAUGGCAUUCUCAAUGUCCAUGCAAGUAUUUUACCUAGAUGGAGAGGAGCAGCACCUAUAAUACAUGCCAUUGCACAUGGAGACAAAGAAUCAGGUAUUACAGUAAUGAGUAUUAAGCCCAACCAUUUUGAUGUAGGGGAAAUUUUGUUGCAAGAGAAAGUUCCCAUAGGAGACAGUACUGAGAUGCCUGAGUUACAUCAAUGUCUAGGAGAAUUAGGAGCUAAAUCUUUAAUAAAAACAUUAGAAGACUUACCUAAUUAUAUAAGAAAUGCUGUACCUCAAUCUAAAGAUAAUAUAUCAUAUGCCCCAAAAAUUACACCAGAAUUUUUAAAUGUGCGUUGGAACCAGAUGACAUCUAUCCAAGUUUAUAAUUUAUACAGAGCUUUAAAAGGAUACUCACCUCUAAUGUCUACCUGGCAAGGAAUACCAAUAAAGCUCUCAGAAAUCAAGAUUUGCAUUGAUGUUGAUUCCAGUGAAAUAGAAUUUGGCCCCGGCUUUGUUAAAUAUAACAAACGGACUAAGGUUUUAAAAGUGUUAUGUGCUGAUAUGACGUUAGUCAGUGUUAAUAGUAUUAGUGUUUAUGGUAAGAGGGUUAUGAACGCAACUGAUUUUAAUAAUGGCUUUUUAAAAAAAACUGUUAUAGACUUGAGAUAUUUUAAAUAAACGCCUUGUUAUGUUUA